CAGAACCAUAAGAAAGAACCAAAACCCAAACAACACUGUCCGUGUGUGAAGAAGACCAAGGCCAUCUCUCUCUCUCUCUCUCUCUCUCUCUCUAAGCUCUCUCUUCUCCAACCAAGAAGCUCUCUUCUUAAUAAAACCCAAGAAAUCCAAACCCUCUCUCUCUCUCUCUUUCUGUCCCUCUACUCUAAACCUUCCCCCAUUUGAUUGGAAAGCCCAUUUCUUGGGCAGCGAUCAUUCACCCUUCCCUUCUUUCACUCCCUCCUACACUCCCCACGCGCGGCUGUACGACUCGCCUUUGGUUCCUCGAAUCAUUGCUUCCUCCCGUACAAAAAUGGAACUCCACGGCGGGAGCAAUGAAGGGUUGGUUUCGCAGCCCGAAACCGGCCUCGAAGAACCCCUGUGGCAGAUGGGGCUGGAUGGAGGUGGUGGAGGCGGGGAAUCGUACCCCGAGCGGCCGGAUGAAGCUGAUUGCAUUUACUAUCUAAGGACCGGGUUUUGCGGGUAUGGCGCCAGGUGUCGGUUCAACCAUCCCCGGGACCGCUCCAUGGUUAUAGGAGCUGCAAGAGCAGGUGCAGGCGACUUCCCAGAGCGUAUUGGGCAGCCAAUCUGUCAGUACUUUAUGAGGACGGGUAUGUGCAAGUUUGGUGCAUCCUGCAAGUACCACCACCCCAGGCAGGGAACUGGUUCUACGAGCCCUGUGCCCUUGAAUUACCAUGGUUACCCAUUAAGACCGGGAGAGAAGGAAUGCUCCUAUUAUGUGAAAACGGGAAAUUGUAAGUUCGGCAACACAUGUAAGUUCCACCAUCCUCAGCCAGCCGGCUUACAGGUUCCGGUGCCACCAGGGCCGCCAACUGUUCAGAUGGGCCCUCUGCCGACACCAGUUCCAACACCCGUUUUAUAUCCGUCCAUGCAGUCUCCUUCCGGUCCUGGGGCUGUAGUUGCAAGGACUUCUUUGCUGCCUCAGUAUGUUCCAGGCCCUUAUGGCCAUAUGCUACUCUCUCCAAGCAUGGUGCCCUUUCAUGGCUGGAGCCCUUAUCAGGUGCCUAUGAGUCCGGUACCUUCAUCUGCAGCUCAACCCACCUCAGGAUGUAGCCCACUUUACGGCAUAACACAGUUAUCCCCUUCGGCGCCUGCUUAUACAGGACCUUUUCAACCUUCACUUUCCUCUAUUACCCCUUUGAUCAAUACACAGAAGGAACAGUCGCUUCCUGAGAGACCGGGCCAACCUGAUUGCCAACAUUACUUGAAGACCGGAGACUGUAAGUUUGGGUCAUCCUGUAGAUACCAUCAUCCACCUGAUUUGAUGGUACCAAACACAAAUAUUAUUCUGAGCCCCACUGGCUUGCCUUUCCGUCCGGGUGCUGCCCAGUGCAGCCACUAUGCACAGUACGGGGAGUGCAAGUUCGGGCCCUCUUGCAAAUUUGAUCAUUCAAUGGGCCCCCAGAGUCACAGUCCAUCCGCAUCUUCCCUUGCCGUGUCUUAUUCAAGCGGCUCUUCUAGUGGCACAUUGGCCCCAUCCUCCUCCUCCCCCGAGCUGCGAGAUGAGCCUAGUUCUGCCCAAUCCAUCUCGCAAGAGCGCAACCAGAGUUCAGAAGCUUCAGCCUGAAGCAAUAGCAGGAGAAGACAUCAAAGCUCAAGCUAGCGCAAAUGGUCAAUAAGAUCGAUUUUUCUGCAAUCAACUUCUUUUGGGGGUGAGUCAUCAGAUAGGAAGUGUCACCGUUUGUUCUUAACUUGCCAGGGUUUGGUUCGGUCUGGUCCCAUGGGGGUUAAGAAACAGCGCCAUUUUUGGAGGCAUUCUGUUUAUAAAUAUUUAUAGAUACGGCCAUACCUUUUGCCUCUUUUGAAUAAGUGAUGGCCAGUCAUCUGUCAAAGUUAGCAAAGAAACCCAUUUUAGCCUUCCUCCUCCCAAUUCCACAUCCUUAGAUAUCUGAAUUGUUGAGAGCUUGUUUUGUUACGGGCUAGUAUUCCCCAACAUGGGAAAAGGCAAGACCUGAAGCAUUCAUCUGUUCACGACUAAAUCACUAGUAUCUGUGUGUUGUCUUUCUUCCGGGCUUCGAGCUCAACAAUUCAAGUGUCUUUCUCCUUUUUCUGGUAGAUUUACUUUGGAACAGAGGGAAUUUGAUUCAGACUCCGAGGAGGAUUUGUAGUUUGGAUUGAUUUUAUAUCAUGGGUUAUUGAAGAUGAAGAGGAUGUAAUGAUGGAUAUACUCCUUUUGAACUGUGUAUUCAAUAAUCUUUAUGGAAUACAAAAAUACGCGACGGAAUAUUGUCAAA